GCCUGCUAGGUUAGCCGUGUUUAAGGGCACAAUCAUCCUCAUCCCCCCACCUUAAGGCUUUGUUUGGAUAGACAAUUGCUCUUGUAACAUCCGGAAGAAACCAUUCUUAAACUUUUUGUUUCUUGUAACAUCCGCCCCAGUAUCCCUUGCCUGAAUAAGGUAAGAUCUGAGGAUUGAAAAGAAAAAAUAAAUAAAUAAAUAAAUAAAAUAAAAUAUUAGACAAAAAAUAAUAAUAAUAAUACUAACUAUAAUUUAUACUCAUAUUUGAAUAGAUGGGAAAAACUUUUUUGGUGGGUUAGCAGUGCAAAAUCAUUUCAGCCUCCCAAUAGCCUCGAUCUCAUUCUCAGCCUCCCCGUCUCUCUCUCUUUGCAACUGCAAAACUAUAUAUAUAUAUAUAUAUAAAUAUAUUCAAAACCCAUAUACACGAAUCAGAAGUUCAAAACCCAUAUGUAUUCCUCUCUCUCUCAUCACACUGAACCGUGUGGAACUGAGCUCUGUGAUUUUGUGUUUCAAUGGCAUCUUUAACAGAUCUUGCUCGUAUGCUUUGCAUGCUAGUAACUGAAUACCCCGAAACCGACAAAGUAGAGAUCAUACCGGAGUAUUCGGGAGUAAUAGACAAAAACCAGGCCAUCACUUUAAAUAGUCGGAAACCUACCGGAAUAGACGUUAUGCUAUUCCGGGGCAAAAGUGUCGGCGGCGGCGAGGGUGUAGUCUUGUUAAUUUACAAGAAUGGCCGCGACACAGGAGCGACACUCAAUCCUGCUCACUUAAUCAAGUACGUUCUAAUUGUUGUUAAACCAGAACAUGGAAAUGUGGCUACGUUUGGAAAGCUAGCAAAAGGCGACUUCUUCAGGCGGAUUUCCGGGCUGGGCUUCCUACUGCCCAAGGUAUAUUCAUCGAGGCCUCUGGUGCGGAUUCCUCAAUACUAUCAGGUGUCAAGGUUUCCAUUUUGUGCUGUGGUUAUGGCUGCCACAAACCAGAGGAUUGCCCUACUUCAGCAGAGAGUGCUUGAAGAGAAUGCUCCUGCUCUUGUUGCAGAAGAAGGAAGAAACAACACGUGUUCGAGGGAGGAGCAAUAUGCUGCUUCUCGAACAGCAAUUGAUGCUGAUCUAGUACAUUACUUUUUGGCUUUGGGCAUUGCUUUAUAUUAUCCUGAAACAGGUUUUGAUGUAAUGCAAAGAAUGCUUGAAGAGAAUGCUCCUGCUCUUGUUGUGGCAGGGCUUGAUGCAGGAGGAAGAAACAACAUGUGUCUGAGGGAGGAGCAAGCUGCUACUUAUCGAGCAGCACUAGAAGUUGAUCUGCAAAAUGACCAUCUUCGUGAGGGUGCAUCCACUUCGCAAAUAAUUUGGUUGCAGAUAGAGUCAUCCCUCGUUAUUAUAGGUAUAAUUUGCAUGCUUCACCUCUAAAGUAACAUAAAUUGUCAUAGACUCGAAGAACCUGAACAUGAUUUCCAUUUACCAACAAGGAUUCAUUUUUGCUGUCUCCAUCUGCAUACUUGAUUUCGUCCAAGCGACGUAAGCGGAAGCUAUGAAUGUUCACAAGGAACGAUAACAACUUUGAAUCCACCAAGGUUCUUGAAGAGGAGGAUGAUACAUGCAGAACACUUGAUAUUUAUAUCAUACAUUUUUUUUUUUUUUUACCUGAGAGAGAGAGAGAGCACAGACACACACACACCAUAUUUUUGGAUAAUUUCACCAUAGUUCACAUUUUCUUUGAACUUGUUGGGGGAUGGAUUUAUUUAUAUCAUUUUCAAAUAUAGUUUUUGGAUGGACAUCAUGCUAACCCUUGUUAGCAGGGCUUCAAUGCUUUAAAAUGUGAACAUUUGUAAAAUGGAAAUUGAUGUGCAGCAUCUUGUGGACAUUCUAUUUGCAUUUUGAAUAAGUAGUUUUUUUAAUACUUUUCCCAGCCGUAA